CCAUUUCGAGGAGGGAAAACCCGCUAACACCGACUAAGUAUUCAAACGACUGCUAAUUUUGUGAGACAGACGGAAAGUACUGAGGAUUUGCAGAAAUACUCCUUAACCAUUUCAAAGGACAUCAUGAAGAUCUUCAAUGACCCUAUUUAUGGUCACAUUGAGCUGCACCCUCUGCUGGUGCAAAUGAUUGACACUCCUCAGUUUCAGAGACUCCGUCACCUCAAACAACUGGGAACAAAAUAUCUUAUUUACCCUGGUGCCACUCACACUCGCUUCGCACACUCAAUCGGUGUGGCGUAUUUAGCAGAAUGUCUUGUCAAGACUCUGCAUGAGAAUCAACCAGAGCUCAACAUUACCAAACAGGAUUCCCUGUGUGUCCAAAUUGCUGCCCUGUGUUAUGACUUGGGUCAUGGUCCGUUUUCUCAUUUGUUUGAUGGCAUUUUCAUCCCUGAUGUCCGGCCUGAUAACAAAUGGCAGCACGAGGAGGCAUCUGUUCAGAUGUUUCACUGCAUGAGAAAGAAGAAUGGACUGGAUGAAGUGAUGAAAGACUAUGGACUGAAUCUAGAAGAAGACAUUGUCUUCAUUGAGGAAUUAAUGCAGGGACGCAAAUCUUUAGAUAGUAAGUGGACAGCGAAGGGAAGACCUGAAAACAAAUCCUUCCUGUAUGAGAUUGUGGCAAAUAAACUGAAUGGCAUUGAUGUGGACAAAUGGGACUAUUUGUCUCGAGACUGUCAUUAUCUUGGAAUCCCAAGCGGGUUUGAUCACCAGCGUCUGCUGAAAUCUGCUCGGGUCUGUAAGGUGGAUGGGAGGAAUCACAUCUGCUUCAGAGACAAGGUGGCAGAUAUUGUUUAUGGCAUGUUUCACACCAGAUACACUCUUCAUCGUCAGGCCCUUCAGCACAAGAUCGGCUACAUCAUUGACGUCAAGAUUAAGGAUGCUCUGGUACUAGCUGAUGGCAAGCUGAGUCCAGAUUGCAAGAUCUCAGAUGCCAUAGAUGACAUGCUAGAGUACACCAAACUCACAGAUCACAUCUUUGAUACGAUUCUUAACCAGUCAGACUCUGAGGAGCUGAAAAAAGCCAGAGAUAUUUUAAAGGACAUUGUCAACAGACGUCUGCCGAAAUUUGUUGGAGAGGCUCGACUGAAUGAAGAAAUAUUAGAGGAAAAAAUGACCAAAUUUAAAGACCAGCCUAAAGCAUCCAUGAUCAAAGUGCAGAAAAAACUGAAGAACCACUGGGAGAAAAUUAUCAACAAUUCCAACCAGUCUCUGAAUGCUGAGGACUUUGACAUUUAUGUUCUUGACAUGGGAUUUGGUGAAGUGGGUAAUGAGCCCAUUGGUAAUGUUCAUUUCUACAGCAAGAAUGACUUAAAGACAGCAUUCAAGUUGGAGAAGUAUCAGGUAUCCAGUCUCAAGCCAAAAAGGUUUCAUGAAUAUCUCGUGAGGGUGUACUACAAUAAAACUGAUGUCAGUUAUCAGAAGGUCCAGCAGAAAGCAGAGGAGAGCUUCCAUGAGUGGUGCAAGAAAAAUGAGUUCAUUGAUUCAGGAAAAGCAGAGGAGACUGUCAGAGAGCGAUCACAAAACUACCAACCUUCCUUAGGCAAGAUCUUCAAUGACCCCAUUUAUGGUCAAAUAGAGCUGGACCCUCCUCUGAUAAAGAUCAUUGACACUCCUGAGUUUCAGAGACUCCGUCACAUCAAACAGCUGGGGGGAGCAUAUCUGGUCUAUCCUGGAGCCACUCAUACUCGAUUUGAGCAUUCACUUGGGAUGGCCUAUUUAGCAGGACGGAUGAUCAACAUUCUGAAAGAAAAACAAGAGGAUCUCGGCAUUGAUGAAAAAGAUGUCCUGUGUGUCCAGAUUGCUGCUCUGUGCUACAAUUUAGGCCACGGUCCAUUCUCUCAUCUGUAUGAGCGAUUCUACUGUGAUGCUCUAAAGCGUGAGGCUUUGCUGGAGAUGACAGAGGUGGAAGUGGACAGGGCAAACGAAGGGAUCCGGCAAAAACAGGAAAAAGUGAAAAUUGGAAGAAAUGACAAAUACGGUAAGGUUGCAUCACUCUUGAUACUUAAGGCUAUAUUAAACCGAAAUGGAGAACUGAAUGACAGGAUUCAAGAAAACGACCUUACCUUUAUUCAGGAGUUAAUUGAGGGAGUUGAUACAGAUGGCAAGUGGAAAGCGAAGGGGAGGACUGAGGACAAGGCUUUCCUGUAUGACAUUGUGAUAAAUAAAUGGAAUGGCAUUGAUGUGUGUAGAUGGGACUAUUUUGCACGAGACUGUCAUUACCUCGGCAUCCCAAACAGCUUUGACCAUCAACGCAUGCUGAAAUCUGCUCGGGUCUGUGAAGUCGAAGGGAGGAAACACAUCUGCUUCAGAGACAAGGUGGCUGAUAAUGUUUAUGACAUGUUUCGAACCCAGUACACUCUGUACAGCCAGGCCUACCAGCACAAGAUUGUCAACAUCAUUGAAGACAAAAUCACAGAAGCCCUCUCUGCUGCUGAAGACAAGAUCACCAAGAUCUCACCAUUUACUGAAACCCCUUCACGAGAUGGUGGUCUGCAGAGGAGGUUAAGUGGCUCACGAAAGCGCACGAAAGCACUAGCGUCCAACAAGGAAAGGGUUGCAAAGAUGACCAAACUAACAGAUCACAUCUUUGAGGAGAUCUUGUACUCCACUGAUGAUGAGCUUAAAGACGCCCGGAUGAAGCUUGAGGAUGUUGUGAGAAGACGCCUGCCGAAGUGUGUGGGAGAGACCAGAAUAACACAAGAUGAGUUCAAAAACAAACAGAUCUUACAGGAUGACUGGAAUAAAGCAGUGGACGAGUGGAACAAACUUCACCCAACUGUGUUCUUGGAUAAGAAGGAUUUCAGUGUGGAUACUAUUCACCUGGACAACACUUACAAGGAGGCUGAAAAUCCCAUCAACAAUGUCUAUUUCUACAGAAAGAGGAACCCCACUGAAGCCUUCAAGAUUAAGAAAUAUGAGGUCUCCAGUCUGCUGCUGGAGGAGUUUACUGAAUAUGUUGGUCGGGUUUACUACACAAAAAACUCUGACGAGGAGGAGAAGGACGCUAAGGAGUGCUUUAAAUGGUGGCGCCUUGGCAUGGUUAAGAUUCUGGUCUAUGAUGAGGAAGGAUUUAAAGGGAAUGAGCGCUUGAUCACGAAGGACUGUGCAUCUUUGGACUGCUGUGGUAUAAAAGCAAUCCGCUCAUGUAAGGUGCUCAGUGGCGUCUGGAAUCUCUAUGUGUGUCCUAACUACAGUGAACUAGAGUACACACUGCAGACGGGGAAAGAGAAUCACAAUCCUACAGAGUGGGAUGCCCUCGACCGCACUGCUCCUGCUCUGUCUCUUAGACAUGAGAGAGAAUAAAAUCUGGCCUCUAACUCCA